AUGCCUAGUUUCUUUGGGCGGAAAGAUGACAAGAAGUCAGAAAAAGCACAAGAGUUUGAAACCAAAGAAACACGAACGAUGCAUCUUCGCACAGACGGCCUGAAAGGCCGCAAAGCGCAGAUCCUGGACGAGGACAACAGCACGGUGCUAUACGACAUCGAUAUAAGAUUCCGGCGGCCGAACCUGACUUUCCGCAGCCCGGCGCGCAACAACGAGACCGUGGGCACCAUCAAAUUUAGCCCCAUGACGAGGGCUAUUGAGGCAGACACCGAGCACGGCACUAUUCACGUCAAGAGUAAAAACUGGAAAUGCUGCGACCUACCAUAUACGUCGCCUGCCUUCGGCGGACGCACAUUGACGUGGCAGCGACGAACACCCUGGGUCGUACUGGAUCACUAUCUUAUCGAUGAGAACGGCCUUCCAAUUGCGCGGUUCAGGCCAAAGUGCAGCUUCAAGAACGUUUGCGCCAUUGAUUUCGUCGACAGGGAUCUGCCACAAGAUGCUAUCGACGAGAUCAUCAUGACCGGCUUGGCUGUCUUGAAGAACACUGAGUACUACGCCUGUUCCGCGGCGAGCGCCGCGGCUAGUUCCAGCGUGGCAGCAGCAUCAUAA